GUCCGUGUGCCACUACCUUCACCAGUGUCCCUACGUACAUGCAAACGCCAGAUUAUUGCUACGUUAUACUCAUUUGUUGUAAUUUGGUGUGGUACGUGAAGUGACUAGUAUCUAGGCUCUAGUCUGGCUAUGAUCUUCACCUUGUCUUGCUUGUCUCUGCCUGUCGGUAUGCCACGUCGACGCAAGCACUACAACGUUCGAAAUAAUUAAAGUCGUUUCCCUGUCCUGUUAUUUGCCUCAUUUACGGUCAUUGCCGCUAUGGGAUAUCCCUCUUGGACUCGCGUGAGAAGCAGGCCACACUGCAUAGUGGAGUUGAAUUUUGAAAUUAUGCCCUGGGAUCUCGGGAUGUUUCUGAGAGUCGCCGAGCGCAUCUGAGAGCCAGCCGAGGACAUGGACCCCCAACCUGUGCGUUUUGGUUCUCGGAGUCAGAGUCAGCGCCUUGGAUCGUUGAUGGGAGGCACUGACACGUGUGAUGUUCAUCGCCGUCACCUCAUUAUCUCACAGAUUCACAGUCAAAAGAUGGACAACAUAAAAUUGGGAGAGACGACCAAUCAGAGUCUCCAAAGCCGAGUCGUUUCUUAUCUCGAGCCAACCACCGUUUACUAUCUCUCCAGGUGCACUAAAACGGAACAAGCUCGUGCCGUACACCCACACACACACGGCAGCCAAAGCGUGCCAAGGGUAGAAGAUCGUCUAGCGCCGUCUUUAGUCGACGCCAUCGCGCAGAUGCACCUGUCUCACCAUGCUUCGGGAGUCCCUGCGGGGACCCUGCCUGCGAGGUUAGGUUCUCUGAAGUGUUGCAGUUGCAGUGGGCUUGCAUGAAAGACGUCACUGAGAUGGGCAAUUCGAACCGGUACAACACUGAGAGGCCAAUGGUUGCAAGGGCUGUAAAAACAUGUGGUCUGGGGAAAGACGGGCAACAUCUGAGCAGUUUUGUACGGAUCUCAAGUUACUGCUCCCCGAUGCAUGAUGAGUACGGUCAUUGUCCUCCGUUAGACAUGACAGCAUAUGUCUUUCACGAACACGUACGCACUUGACUCGUCUCGGCCGCAUUACAGUCAAGACUCAAGAGGAUCCAGUCCAAUGCUACCAGAUCUCGUUCGCGUUGGCCGUAUUUCCUAGCGCGGGGAGCCACAAUUGCUUAUCUCUCGGCGUUGAUACCGCAUAUAAAAUAUACUAAAACGGCGGCGGGCGAAUGGAUCCCGAAAGGAGCUCAAAUCAAGAGUUGAGAGAUUAUAAAUAAAAGCGAGUUGCUGGCUGGUUUGCCUUGAGCGGAGACUGCUUGUGGACCACAGCGAGUUCGGCGGUGCUAAACGGCAUCUCAUGUAACUUGUGCUGCUCUUAUUGCUGCUGUUGCUGUAGUCUGCGCUGUUAGGCUGGGCUGUCUGCAGUAAGUGCAGUGCAUCUCCAUUACGGCCUUGCGGAGCCGUCAAUCCGUAGACGUUGCCUCAUUCAGCCUAUGGACCAGAGAUGCCCAGAGUCCAACUUCCCGAUCCCCGAAGACCCAGAGCAAAAACAAAAAUCAUCAUUCAAUUCGAGGCCGACGGAGAGAGGCCGACGGUCUUUGCGGUCAAAUUCCGGAGUUGCUAUGGAUGCUUUGCUGUGCUCACUGCUUGCUAGGGAUAAGGAGCCUCCCACUCCUGAUUCCGACUUCUUCCGAUGUCCAACUCGAGUUUCGCUACAGGUAAUUUACGAGCUACUUUACCUACAAAGGUAUGGAACGAAUUCUUUGCAUGAAGCAAGGGUCUAGCGCUGUACGGUACAGGGCCGUAAUGCAAGCGACGUUGCAGGAGUUUGUCGAGAUACCAUCCAUCCAAUGCUGAAGCAGAACAAGGCACAGCACACGGCAAUCGAUAAUUUGGUUACCAAACAAAAUGAAUAAACCACCGACUCUCCCUGCAACCUCAUCGUUGAUCGUAUCAGAAAGUCUCCGAAAGGAAAUCAUAAGCUUGGCUCCAGGCGGUGAGUUCAGUUCAAUUUCAGAUCGACAGAAUUGCAGUCGCUCUUUGGGGGUUUCAUUUCCCAGAUCAGAGACAUGAGUCUAGAACAAGCAAGGUGUUGCCCUCUGCUGUAAACCGCUCAUGUCAAGCCGACCCAGCCGCUGAAAAAUAUUCAGCCGUGUAGUGUUUGGUCGACCGGAGAUGCUUACAGCCAGCCAAACUCAAGUCUCAUAAUUCACAUAUCACUUUUUGAUCAAGAACCCUGUCAAAUCCUUCAACUCAUUAACAUUUUAUGAAGCUUGUGAUGUUGCAUUGUUUCGACAACGGGUUCCCACCAAUGGCGGCUAUUAGGCGCUUCAGCGCGUUUAUGGCGGGAAGUGCCCCGCCACUUCGUAAGAGGAAACUUAAGGUUGUCCUGGAAAUGUGAAGUCAAUACAACAUCGAUAGCUACACCUAACAGCUUGACGCGACCGCGUCUUGACCCGGCUGUCAUGUUCACCACACUCCCAGACUUUACACCGCGAGACUCGCAUUCUUUGUGGUAUAGAUCUUCUCGCAGUCCUUACACCCCACCUGGACCUCUCGACGACUUUAGCGGUGAUACACAUAACAUUCAACAUGGCGCAAACCAAGCUCGACAACGAACGAAGCUCAUUGAGCGAUCAGCUCUCGCUCGGCUGGCUGCGGAUGAACAGUACAUGCAGAGAAGACGACUGAACGUUCAGAAUUAUGGCAGCGGCUGGCUGAAACCCCCAGGUGUUCCUAAGACAUUGCACCAGAUGCGUGAGGAGAAGCGGGAGCAAGAGGAGCACCAAGAAGCAAUGCGCCGAGAACAAGUAGCUCAAGAACUAGCUGAAGCUGAAGCAGAGGGUAUGCCUGGCGAGGGUACAAUGGAUGACGUUCAGCUUGACGGAGCUCAGGAUCUAGAUGAUGAGAUUCCUGAUGCUGAUGAAGAAGGCUAUGCUUUUGGCGACGACGAUGACGAGGAUGAGGACGAUGACGAAGAGGACGACGAGGAAGAGGAUGAAGAAGAUGGUGAGGAGACAGAUGAUGAAGCCCUGAGAGCAGAGCGCCAGAACGAUCUCAUGCAAGCACGUAUGAGGAUGGGCGACGACGCUUUUCGCGAGGCCCUCGUCCGCGGUGAGCCGGAUGCUAAUGACAUGUACGGCAACACCGAAGGACUCGAAGAAGAAGAGGAUAACGGCCAUCUUCUGGACGAGGAAGACUUCGCUCAAGACGAUGACCUUGGCAUGGACAUGGACGCCGAUCUUGACGAAGAUAUCCCCGAGGCUGAGAGCGGCGGCUACGAGCACACCGACUCUGAAGCCGAAAUCUCCAGUAGUGAACAAGAGUCAUCCAACGACGACGAGGAUGAUGAUGAAGACGAUGUCGACGUUAGUUUCGCACCUCGCUCUGCAACCCUCCCUCGUCCUAUGUCGCCUACCUUCCAGGGCCGUUCCAGCAUGGCACAUCCACGCGCCAGCAUGGAUCUAAGUAACCUCCUCUCGCAAGACGGCAGCAGCUUUAUGCAGAGCAGUCCCGCUGGACGACGAGCCCGUCACGGCUAGCACUUUACGACUAAUGCGACACGACCAACAGAUAGACAAGUUCAGGCAGCAGUGUUAUAUACCCAUUCAUUGUUCAUUAUCAAAGCAGAAUUGAAAUUGAGCGCUUCCCGUCUUUCGAUAUCUAAGUGAAAGAUGGGUUGCUAGCCACAGGCUUGCCCAGAAGUGUGAUUACAACCUUUGUAGAGGGCAAC